AUACUGACGGAUUGUGCAAGAUGGCGGACACGGAGCGACUUCCGGCGGAGAGGAGGCAGGAGGAGUGAGGAGGAAGCAGCUGUAGAGAGGAGGGUUGAGAUGUUUUCCUGGAGGCUGGCUGCUCCUCUCUGCAGCCCCAAACACGUGUGGCUCUUCAGUCGGUCCCUGAACAUGGCAGAGGAGGCGAAGAAACUGGCUGCUUACGCCGCUGUGGAUAACCACGUCCAGGUAUGGAGGAUUCUUACUCUGACUGUCACUGUUAGCUGCCUGUUUACAGCCUGUUUACUGCCUGAUUUUUAUUGUUUAUUAAAUCAGCUGAGUUAAAACACACAGUUAAACACACCAGUCCUUCCUCUUAGCCGAAUGCUAGCAGAGUUAGCCGGUGAACUCGCAGCAUUAUGGAGGGAAUUAACUCAGUGUUAUGUAUGCAUGUCUGUAAAUAGUGUGUGCAUGUGCAGCAUUAAGAGCUAAAAAAGCUAACCCUGUGUAAGAGACUGUUUUAGAUUCUAACACGAGUGUCUGUGGAGUUUGAACUGAGGGACAAACAGAGAAUAAAGCACGCAGAAACAAGCUGGAAAAGGAGAUUAUACUGGUUUAUACUGUAAUGUGCUACAUAAUUCAUAAUAAACUAUAAGUAGGGUUGCAAAAUUCCUGAAACUUUCCCUGGGAAUAAACAGGAAUAAAUGUGACAUUUACAAAACUGAAAAAAUAAAAUAAAACACAUCUACAUAUAAAACAGUUCAGGAGGUAAAAAGCAUUCAAAACGAUUUGGAAGGUAAAAAGAAAAGCAAUUGUCAGUCAUACCAGUAUUUUUUUACAUGAACAGAGUGCAUAAAAUGCAGAAACAAAGUGCAAUGUGCGGUUUGUGUACCAACAAAAGAUGAAGCUUGAUCUAGAAUAAUAAUACUAGUAAUAAUAAUGAUAGUAGUAGUAUAGUAAUAUACACCAUCUAAUAUCAUGAACAGUUAUCUCCACCUGCAGGAAUCAUUUAGUUCUCUGAUAGAACCUGGGAAGAAGGAAUUUUUAUACCUGGGUUAAUGACGUAUAAGGUUUUAAAACAUGCCAAUCUUAAAAUAGAAAAAGUAAGAAUAUAUUUUGCAAAAGUUCAAACACUGAGGAUGUUGUUUAUACAAAAAUUAAUGUAUAACUAUAUUUCUGUUAAUGCCAUUGCAUUAGUGUUUUUACAAGCUUUUUUGUUAUUUUAUUUUACAGUUCCCAAUUUGGAAUAUUUCCAAAAUUCCCAUAGAAAGUUACUGGAAAAUUUCCGGAAAUUUACCGCGCCUUUGCAACCCGAACUACAAGUCUUUUAUGUUUACCAGAAGGCGUUUAGUUAACUCAAUCAGCUUUAAACAUCCCAGUUUGUUAAACCCACAUAAAGAUGAUCAUAAUGAUAAUAGUGCAGCUUUUAAAUCCCAAAUUAGCACAUAAAGAAACAUGCUUUUGCAGUCAUGUUAGUGUCUUUGAAGCAGUUUCCCCCCAGGGAUUAUUAAAGUAUUUCUGAUUCUGAUCAUCUUCUUCAUCAUUUCUGCCUGUCACAGAAUAACCAGGUGGUCGGCGUGGGCAGUGGAUCGACCAUCGUGUACGCCGUGGACAGAUUAGGUGAGUCGGUAUAAUCCAGAUUCAACAUGCUGUAGAAGUUUGAGAUGUAAGGAGAUGUUCACACAGUUGAAUUGUCUGUUUCUGUCGUUUCUUUCAGCUGAGAGAGUACGUCAGGAGAAACUCAACAUCGUCUGUGUGCCAACUUCCUUCCAGGUUGGUUUGACUCUGUUUUGACUUCCUUGUUGUCCAGCAUGUUAUGUAAAUUACACGUUGUGGUGCUGCAGUUUGUAAAGUUUCAAAUGUUGACAAAAAGUUAGAACUUUUUGGCUCCAAAUGUUGCUUUUCUGUCUCAUAAUCUACGAAUUAUCAGCCAAUAUCAGUCGACCUUUUCACGGCUGUAACAGAGAGUUCAGCAGCAGACUGUGGUGCAACACUGUGGCUGAUUUCCCCAAACUCUGGAGCCCUUUUUUAAACACAUGAUGACACUUAUUCAACAUGAUAGUUUGAUGCGCUCCUUAGAUUUUUCCUCUGCCUCUCACAUUUCCCCCUUUAUCCCCCCACAGGCUCGUCAGCUGAUCCUGCAGCACGGCCUCACACUGUCGGAUCUGGACAGGCACCCUGAGGUAUGAUGCGCUCCUUUACAAAUGAAUCUGAAAGCCUCUGAAAUGAGGAAGAACCCCCGUCUCAAACCUUGUCAGCUUGAUUUUAAUACACCGCUCCAGCUGUAAAAGACAGAAAACCCAUACAUGAGAAAAGCUGUGUUUUUUUUACAACGUUGGUGUCAUUGCUGAGAUGUUUGUCCUUCCCGCACACAGCUUGACGUAGCAAUAGACGGCGCCGAUGAGGUGGACGGAGAGCUCACGCUGAUUAAAGGUGGAGGGUGAGUAUCUCUGAACCCACACAGCAGACGUGAAGUCGUCUCCUCUCCUCGUGUUUUCUCUCUCUCACUCGUCCUUUUCUCCGUCUCACAGAGGAUGCCUGACUCAGGAGAAGAUCGUCGCCGGCUGUGCGAAACAUUUCGUCGUCAUCGCUGACUACAGGUCCGAACUCUCUGUUUGAACGUUAUUGAAUUUUAGAAACUCGAGGGAGAUUGAAAACAUGUUUUUGUAGCUGUUAAAAGAAAACAGUUUUAAUCAGCUUGAAGUAAAAUAUGAUGAUGUGAAGCUUGUUUGCUUCAGGAGUCUGCAGGAUUUGUUUAGAUUGCAUUUUUUAGGAUCAGCUCUGAAGUUUAAUCUGCAUCCAAAUGUUUUUCCUCAACUCCUCUACAAAUUUAAAGAGACACAGCCUUUUAUUUAAACUCCAUCUUCUCCUCUCUCCUUCAGAAAAGACUCCAAAAAUCUGGGCCAGCAGUGGAAGAAGGGAGUACCCAUUGAGGUGAUCCCCAUGGCGUACGUCCCCGUGUCCAGAAUUAUCGCCAAACGCUUCGGAGGGGAGGCCAACCUACGGAUGGCUGUCAGUAAAGCAGUAAGUGCAAUAAACACUGUCACAGGAUCAAUAUGGAUGAUUUAGAUUUGAUUUGACUUUUAUUUUUGUGUCAUGUUUAUACGGUAUUCACGGCCCGAAACACAGAAAAACUAGAGACCACCGCAGACGUGUGAAAGUUUUGAAACCAUCAGAACUUGUUCAGAUUGAUUCAACUUGGGAAGGUUUUACUAUUUUAACAUCGCGCAACUCAAAAAUCCACGACAGCCGUCUGAGGAACUGUUGAACACGUCAGUUAGAGCUCGAGGAAACACGCCGGGGCUUCUGGGAGUUAAACUGAAAACAAACAUGAUUUGUUUGCUCUCUAGAAAACUCCUCAGGGCUUUAGAAAGAUAUACGGUUAACCACAUCCAUGUAGUGGGUUCUCUUUAUGUUGUUUACAUUGUCGCUUUGACUGUUGAGCCUGAAGACUGUUAGUGUGCAAACGAUCAGACCGGUUUGUCUCCUAGAAAGUCUGAAUAAGAGAAUUAAAACUUUUGGAAAGUUCAAGAAAAGAUGCAGAAAGAAAAAAAAAAGUGAAAAAUAUACGAGGGAAACGAGAGGAGGGAGGAUUAUAUCCAUGAGUGAGAGAUUAACGUUAAAUUCAAGUGGUCUUGGUGCAUGAUGGCGCUGUAGAUCUGACCUUCAGCGGUAACUUUGAACGUAACGCAGCACUGAUUUUAGGAGGUCUGAGUCCUGUUUGUGUCGCUCUCAGGGUCCCGUGGUCACCGACAACAGCAACUUCAUCCUGGACUGGAAGUUUGAGCACGCUCAGAACUGGAAGGAAGUCAACACGGCAAUCAAGAUGAUUCCAGGUGAGAAACACGAAGGCUAAGGGGGCGGGGUCUAAGUAGAGGUGUAGUCUCACCUUCCUGGAGAACUUGAAAAGAACUCUGGGAACUGUUGGUUUUGUUUGGGUCAGAACCAAACUCUAAAGGGUAAAAUCCCUAAAACUGUGUUUCCUUUUGUCCGUCUGUUGUCCUCAGGCGUGGUGGAGACGGGGCUUUUCGUCGGCAUGGCUGAACGAGCGUACUUCGGCAUGGAGGACGGGACCGUGAAGAUGAGGGAUCCUUCUGUGAACUGACCGAUCGAUCAUCACCCCUCCUCUUCCUCCUCUUCUCGAUCGACCUCACUGUUCCCGCAAGUGCCGUCUCUCUGAUUUGCACCCGCUCUCAGACUGCAGACCUGGACUCUCUCUCUCUCUCUUGACUUUCCUCAUCCUGCAUGUCGGUGCUUCUGAUCCUGUGAGUUUUAAAGUGCCUGAUGAGGAGAAUCAAGAGCGUCCGACUCUGAUACGUUUAUUUUUUCGAAUCACUUUGAAUCGUCGCUCGGUUCGGCUGCCUGGUCUCACUGGGAGUGUCGGCUCUUCCUGUAAUUAACGGAUUAGACUGAAUGUGGUUUUUCAAUCACUGCGGUGCUGCUCAAUGAAACGAAGGUGUGCCUUCAGAUUUGUUUUAGUCUUUUUACACUAAAGUUCUGUUUUAAAAUCCUCGUAACCGUCCAUCGUGUUAUUUUCAUCUGCUGGGCUGAGAGCGCUGAUUUGCCUUGAAGUCUUUUUGUUUAAUUAGACCAGAAAAAGGGGAGUAAUCUGCGUAAAGACGGCAUAAAGAAGUUUUUAAUUUUUCUAAUUAAUAUGCUAAUUCAAACAGCGAGAAGUCCCCAGAAAUUAAUGAGAUCCCUGACAAUCGGAGGAAACCCUGUGGUGCAGGUGUGAAGCUCGGAGACGACAUGAAACACUGAUAAUCCAGAGUUACCAUGUGUGCUGGAUGGAGGUUAGCUGUGAUUAAUCUGACCUGAAUUAACUCAAAGAUACACGGUGAGAUCAGCACCUCCGUUUUCACAGUGUGGCUUCACCUUUGACACCACAGCGUAGCUUCGAUCGUGUUCGCUGUCACCUCUGCACACCGAGGGACAAUCUAACAAACCAUUCAGCUGUCCUCGAUUACAAACGGACUCCCUCUUAAUGAAUUUGCACUAGUUGGUCGUGUGCUUUUCAGGGUUUGAAUCUGGAGCUUUUUAUUCGUUUUAUUUCCUUUUUAGAAUAAAUAGAAGAGACCAAAUCUAACUCUCUGCAGCUGUUUCGUUCAGACAUGUCAUAGCUUUUUUCUCGUCUCUGUCACAUCAUCCGGUUACCUCAGCGAUGUCUGUGUGGAAAUCGUUUUAAUUAUCAGUCAGCAGAGGUGAGCUAACACAAAAACAACAACCUCUGAUCGCAUGCAUGUUCCUCUGUCUGCUGUGCUGCUUCAUUGUGUGCCUGUAAAUGACAUGCAUGACGGUCUUUCAUUACUCACAUGAGCAAACCCAUAGUCAUGUGCCAUUUGGAUUCCUGCUGUAAAAGAUGUGCGGAAUAUUUUGAUGUAAUGAUGGGCACUCAAUAGUAGCUCAAAUCUGAACCAGUUUAUUUUUGUGCCUUUUCAUGCCAAAGCAAUAUAAUCAAACCUUUAAAAAUCAGAUGUAGCCGAAUCUGUGUAUUAUGUAGCUCAAAAUAAAAUCAUCGUAGACACUUUAGACAAACUGUACAGUGCAGUUUCACAUUUAAACCCCAUUAGAGAUCUGAAUAAACAUGUUUUUGUUUGCACAAAAUUCAAGGUACCAUAACUUUCACCCCAUGAUGUUGUUUUUUUAAAUUGUGAUUCCUGUUUUUUGCCUGUUUGACUGAUUUUUUUUCUUUUUUAACUCAGCUAAGAAUGCCUUAAAGACGGUUUGAUUUGACAUCUUUUAUCAUUUUGUACAGCUAUGAGGGACUCAGGAGAACAUGAAGGCUUGAAAAAGUAGUCCACAAACUACUGUUACACGGUACACUAAAUGUAGACGUUUACCGAACUGUGGAUGUUUGACUCAGUUCAGGUCUCGUGUCGGCUGUUCACCAUGUUUGAUCAUUUUUUCACCAGCAUUUCUUUCCCUCUUCUCUCUUGUUACCAGUGGACUGUGAUAUAAUUUUACUGUGAAGGUACCAUCGUCUCUGGUCAAACAAUAAAGGACCAAAAUAACAGAGUGA